AUGGUUCCUCCUCUCAGACCCCUCCGUCCUGCAGCCGCUCGUCCGCGCAACGAGCCGCCCCCUACCCAACCCCGUGAUCGCGUCCCCUCCGCGUGCGAUCAAUGCCGAACCCGGAAGAUAAAAUGCAACGGCGAAAGGCCUGCAUGUGUCGAAUGCACCAAGCGCUCCACAUCCUGCCAUUACGCCACGCGAUCGGCGGAGACACAAUACCAGGCUCUGAAGCGCAAGUUCAAAGUGCUACAAGCUGAGAACGAGGCAUACGCUGAGCUCUUCGAGUUGAUUAAGACGAGUUCGGAUAGUGAUAGCCGCGAGUUGAUGCGCAGAGUUAAGAUGGGAGGUGAGGCUGAGGAUGUGUUGAAGAGAAUCAAAGACGCGGAUUUACCUGUUCAGUUGUAUCCAAGAGUGGACGACGGAAGUAAAGUGCAGUAUACAUUGCCAAGUUUGGCGAGUGUGGUACCGGACAAGCGCAUGUUCAUGCCUGAUAAUCCUUACUUCACUUUGUCGUCGCGGUCUCAGGCGGAGUCAUAUCAUGGGAAGGGCUCUGGGUCUAGCGAUACAGCGGCGCAGUAUCCAAGUCCGCCUGUAUAA